AUGGGGGAGCCCAUGACAAUCCAGAACUCCGCCGCUUUCUUCUCCGUCGCCGCCCUCUUCGUCGCUGUCUUCUGCGCUGAUUUCUUCGUCCUUGUCAUAAGAAAAAAAUUGUUUGUGAGAAAUGAUGCAAAGAUCUUUAGAUUUUGUCGAUCAAAAUGCCACAAGAACUUUAAAAUGAAGAGGAAUCCUCGCAAGGUGAAAUGGACAAAAGCUUAUAGGCGUUUACAUGGCAAGGACAUGACUCAGGAUUCGACAUUUGAAUUUGAGAGGAAACGCAACAGGCCAGAGAGGUAUGACAGAAACCUCACAGAGAACACACUCAAGGCAAUCAAGACAAUUGACAAAGUCAGAUUCCGUAGGGAGGAGACUCACCAUAAGAAUAGGAUGAAGGGUAAGGCUGCAAAGGAAAGAAAGGAGGCUAGAAAGGAACAUGAUGAGCAACUCCACAUGGUCAAAGCUCCUGGUGCAAAAGAGUCAACUGCCACACCAGCUCAUAAGGUCAAAGUCAACGUUCAACAUGAAUCUGCUGAUAAUCGAAUGGAAGAAUGAUAUGUCAAAUGCUGUUGUGCUUUUAUUUUUUUGCAUUGUAAACACCCUUACAUUAUUCAAGUAGUUGAAUCUUUGAAACAAUUGGAGUUGAUCUCUCAAGUUUUGACAUAUGAUUUAUUUGGUGUCUUGAUAUGAAGUUAAUUACUACAUUACAUGUUGCACUUUCAAUGC